ACAGUUUCCUUUGUGAGUGUGAAGACAUUGUUUAAAAGAGUUCAGACACAUUGUAGCACUCCAGAGUUGAAAAGAAUGGAAGAAAAGUACCUACAAACGGUCUUCAAAAAGAAUGGUUAUCCACAAAAUUUCAUCAAAAAGUGUUUAAAGUCGAAUCAAAACACCAACAAGAAACCAUCAUCAAAGACCACAAGAAAAUUCAUUCUACCAUACAUGAGGAAUAUCUCUGAAAUAAUAGCCAGAAUACUGAAACCGUUAGAUAUAGAUAUAGCACACAAACCAGUAAAAUCGCCUAAUUCGAUAUUAUGCAAACCAAAAGAUCCAACAGAAAAAGGGGAUAAAAUUAAUACCAUCUACAAAAUAAAUUGUAUGAACUGUAACAAGCAUUACAUCGGCCAAAGUGGGCGUCUCCUUCGAAUCAGAAUCCAAGAACAUAAAUCAGCCGUGAAAAGACAUGAUAUGUAUUCUUUAGUAUCAAUGCAUGCAGACUAUUAUGGUCAUCAGUUUGAUUGGGAUCAUGUCAAAAUCUUAAACAGAGGAAACACGAAAAGUGCCAGAGAAUUCCUAGAAGCCUGGUACUCAAGCGAAAAUGCGAUUAACAAACACGUUGAUAUAGAUGAAAUAUACCAAUUAAUAAAAAGUAAAUCAGGUGACCAAAAAGUUUAAAAUCCAAGUCAAUAGAAAGUGGUCAAUACAUAUCUUUACAAAGAUAGUAACCAGGAGACGCAAUUACAUUGCGCAUGAAGAAAUUUAAAUCAUUUCACUUUGUGCUAAAUAUGGCGCUGAA